AUGCGAGGCGAGGGGCUGGGUGUUGUUAGGCGGGGCAGCACACUUUGCACAGCGGUGGCUGGUGCGCAACCAGUGUGUGGUGGGGGGUUUACUUCUGAAGGGGGUACUGCCAGGCCCCUCUACCAACCCACCCAUUUCCUCCGUGCCGCCUCCUCAUCCCCCCAGGCUACUGCAAGCUGUUACUGCAAGCUGUGGGCGUCGGAUCAGAAUCCAUGUGAAGCCAGAGGGUGGGUCCUGCUGGGGCGAGCAGCACACUUUGCGCAGCGGUGGCUGGUGCGCAACCAGUACGUGGUGGGGGGGUACUGCCGUGUGGUGGAGACUCUGGAGGAGAAGCGGAGGAAGAGGAAUGCUCCCCCGCCGCCCCCGCCACCACCGGAGGAGGAGGAGGAGUUGAAGAGGAUGGCAGAGGAAGAUGGUGCCUUGCAAACCAACGAGUGUCCCAAGCUCACGUGCAACACGGUGACGCGUGGGUACAUGUUUGACCACGAGGGCAAGGGCCACUUCAACUUCACCUACACGGGCAUCGGCCCUGCCCGCCCGCACACAUGCUACCUGCUGUGCCGGAGAACCCCCGGGUGUGCCUUCUGGAUGUACAACAUGCGGUCCAAGCGAGGUGCAUGCAAGAUGUGGACGAGGGAGCAGAACCCAUGUGAGCCCACGGACGCAUUUGACUCCACCACUGCACAUUAUGUGGCGAAGCGGCCCACGGGGUCGUUUGUGAUUGGUGGGAACUGUGACAAGCUGCCGCCCAUGAAGGCUGAUCCACAGGCAAGGCAGGCACAGAUGGCACAGCAGCAGCAGCAGCAGCAGCAGCAGCAGCAGCAGCAACUGGUGCAGCAAUAG